AUGUCAGCUGCUCGAUGUGCUCAACUGAUCCUACUGGCCGCUUCGAAUCGUAUUUCCGAAUGUUGGCUGAGUCAAACAGCCCCGGUAUUACUUCUGUGCUACUGUAGUAUUGUCAUGCCUGGAAUCACCAACAGGUACGGCUCGAUCCGCUCGCUGUCGAGACUAAUUUGGAAAUAA